UGGAUAAUUUUGGCUUGCUAAUCGUUAUCCUUUUAUCCUUGGGUUUCAGCCAAGCCCAAUUGGCCGAUAAAUACAAUUUCACAGUUCACAAGCGAUUUGCUAGAUCAGUGGUCAAUAUGGAUGAGCUGCUGCAACUGAACGAAGAACUGGCCCUUAACUUGGAAAAGUAUGCGUCUGAUUUGGCCACGAAAGCUUAUACCAUUAAUAAGGGUAUUAACCAGAUGAUGAAUAGGCACUUGCAUUUGGACCAAGGAAGAUCAGACAAAUUUUGGUCUAGCCCUUUAAAUAGUUACUCCCUCAUUCGUCAUAUGCAGUCGGACUGGAGUUUCUGGAGCAUCUACAUGGAAAAGCCAGUGGGCUUGGACAAAAUUACUUAUUUAGAGUCCAUGAAACCCUCUUUGCCUCAGAAAUGGGACUUUGAGGAUGCAGCUAAGGGCAUUAGAAGCAUGCAAGGAGUAUACGGGAUGUCAGCAAAGGACAUUGCAAAGGGUUUGCUAAAUGGAGUGCAGUAUAAGUGUGUGUUAAUACUUGUAAUAAGGGGACAACUUUUAACGAAUUUCAAUAUUAGUUCCUCCUUUACAGCUCGCGAAUGUCUGGAGUUGGGUCUUUAUCUAAUGAAUGACUUCCGAUGGUUGGAAUCUGAGGAGUGGAUUUAUGCAGGUCUUGCAGCUCUGGAUCGGGCAGAUACUCAAUCGGAGAUGCAUUUGUUAAGAGCACCAAAAAAAUCUUUGUUAUACAGGACUCUGGCGAGAAAUCAACUAAUGCAGAAUAAACUUCAAGAAGGCUUGUCAGCCUAUCAAGCUGCCCUAAAAGAGAGUCCUCACGAUGCGGAAUUUUUUGAAGAGUUUCAGUUCGCGGAAACAAGUGUUCUUACUAAACCAAAAAUACAUCUAAACUCUUCCAAACUUGAAGAGUCUAUCAAACAGGAUAACUUGUUGUACACCCGCUGCUGCAAUGGUCAUUGUCAAGUGGAUCGCAAACUUCGGCUCUACUGUGUUUAUAAUACCACUGCCUCUCCUUUCUAUCGCCUUGCUCCUUUGAAAGUGGAGAUCCUUUCAAAAGACCCCCAUAUAGUAAUUUUUCACGAUAUUGUCUCUGUCGAGGAACGUAAGCGUAUUCGAAAGGGAAGCAAAAGUUACCUAAUAGCGUCCAGCACCUUUAAUAUGACCACGGGUACAUAUCAUAUUGAAACUACGCGCACUUCAAAGUCGGUUUGGAUACAAUCGAAUUCAAACAACCUGAGCCAGAAGCUAACCGAUGUGAUGGAGGAGGCAACUGGUCUGGAUAUGAACUAUUCGGAGAUGUUCCAGGUGAUAAACUAUGGCGUUGGCGGGGUCUUUGAGGUCCAUUUUGACACGCUACUAAGGGACGAGGAUCGGUUUAAUGGAACCGAAGACAGGAUAGCCACCCUGCUUUAUUAUUUGAGUGAUGUCCCCCAAGGCGGUGCCACCGUGUUUCCAAGUCUCAACCUUACUGUAUUCCCACAGCCAGGAUCUGUUCUCUUCUGGUACAAUCUGGACAACAAGGGCAAUGAGGAUCUAAUGACGCAUCACCUCGGCUGUCCUCUUAUCGUUGGAUCGAAAUGGGUUAUGACCAAGUGGAUAAAUGAUCUAGGACAGGAGUUUAGAAGGCCUUGUGUUGAACUGUGAUUUAUUUAUUUAAUUGAUGAACUUCUGUAAACUUACUUGCUUAGCACAAUUAAUGGAUUGAGUAAGAUAAUCUCUGCCUUAAGGGGAGCA